UUCCAUGAUGCCUACCAGGCAUUGUAUACAGUGCAGUUAGCAAGCCAGUUUGCAUACAAUUGAGCCGGCAUGACCCUUCAUUUGGAUAAACAACUUUUUUUUUUUUGCUGCUGAAUGACUGACGUAAAAGGAUUCAUUCAUAUGAUAUGUUCUGGAAAAUAAUAUUACUGAACAUGCAUACCGGUAUGUUUGAGAUUGCAAACAACGUAUUGUCUUACCCGAAGCAUAUAGUUUUGUUUCAGUGUUGUUGUUUUUUUUUCUGUGUGUGUGUGUGGGUGUAUGUGUUUAUGGUUAUUACACAUAAUGGUUAUCACAUAUUAUUCCUGUGGUUUUUGUUCAAAUAUAUUUCUAUAGCAGAAAAGAGGUUAUUUCUAUUUCAUAACACAAAAAAAUAGAUAAAAAUCAGCAAAAUGUUAAAUGAUUUUAAAACUUGUCCAAAGUCACUCUCUUUGAUGAUUCAUAUUUUGUACUGACGAGAGCAUAGUGAAUUGCAUGAAAGUAAGAAAAAAAAGCAAAGGAUCAUGACCAUGGAUUUUAGUGGAAAAAAGGGAUGGGAUAUGCAGUUCAAAUGAAAAUCUCUUUCUACAGGAGUAAAACUAUGCAUUGCUAUAGGGGAGUGCUGAGCCAGGGUGCACAGUAGAAUUUUGUCCCAAAGGCAAUGAGAAUUGGAAGGGGGAAAAGUACAUUUAAUAUAGCCAAAAGAUAGAGAAUAACGUAUCAAAUCGUUUUUAAGGGACGAAGGUUGCGUUACUUGAAGGAAUGGGAGAAUCUCCCCGCUUUUUAAUUUAAUAUAGAUGUUCUGCGAGCCUCUUCAUCUGCUUUGUACACUAUGUACGCUGUGCGAAUGUAGUCGCGAUGUGAGUAGUAAGAUGGCGUCCCUUUGGCUUCAGCGGCUUGCACGCCAGCGUGCGACGUAUGAGCUAUCCAGAUAUUUUAUACAGAUCAGUGUUUUUUCCUCCGCGCAGCGCCGCCAUGUUGAAUUUUGUUCAGAGCUGUGCGCGCAAAGGAUCUUGGCAUAUGGAAAGCCAGUAAGGAUGGUCGAGAUGAACACAAUUGUCGGCCGCAUUUGAGCUUUUUCGAAUUGGGACAGCCUUCGCGCACCGCUAUGGCGUCAUGCGCGCUGCAAAUGCGUACUUGAAGGAUGCAGACCCCGAAAUGGGACACAGCUAAUGUGACGAGAUUUUAUUGGCUGACAAGUAGGUCGCUCAACCCUAGGCAAUAAAAGCACACGCUUUCGGUUUCAGUUCGACUUUUAAAAUCAUCGUUGACACGUGUUAUUAAUCCAAUUAUUUUGUUAUGUUCUUGUAAUAAAUAAUUUAGUUUUGUUUAGUUAUAUAUUGAUUUCUGUAUUUGCUUUGCAGUGUUCUUUCACCGUUAAAUUUGUGUGUGUGUAAUUGUGAAAUUCAAACGGAAGUAUGCCCAACUCCAUUUUUACGGAAGUCCGGUCGACCCCUUGAUGGACGUUGUAACUCUGUGCAUUCGUUGCUUGUUUUGUCAUUUUAAAGGCUUCAUGUAACAUUUUUGUACUUUGUGUUGUUGCCUUACAAUCGACACGCACGCAAACCGCCAUGUGGGACCAUGAGAUCCGGGCCAUGGCGAGCGCCCACGCCAUCAUCGCCGCCUCGGUGUUUGUGGCGACCGUGGUGCCCGUUGCUCUCAUUCCGGGUUUCUCGGUGUAUGGAACCCACCUUUUGUGGCUCUACUCAGUGUCCGGAGCUGUCACCUCGGUCAGUGUCGUCAUCUUCUGGCUUAUCGGCAUCUCCCCGCCGACCAAGAAGCACACACUGGGAUACAAGCUGUCCAGGUUGUUCCGUUCCUGCUUGUACCUCUUCCUGUCCUGCUUGUUCUUCCACACUGUGGUGGUACUCUACGGUGCUCCACUGAUGGAAUCCGCCUUGGAGACCUUCUCUCUGGCUGUGCUACUGUCCUCCCUCACUACCCUGAGGUGUCUCUGUGUCCUUGGCCCAAACAUUCAGGCUUGGAUUCGAGUUUUCAGUCGCCACGGAGCCAUGUCUGUGUGGGACACCUGUCUCCAGAUCACGGUGGCCUUUACGGUGGUGGGAGCCUGGGUGGGAGCCUUCCCUAUUCCUCUAGACUGGGACAGGCCUUGGCAGGUUUGGCCUGUUUCCUGCAGCCUGGGCGCCAUGUUGGGCUACCUGUCGGGUCUAGCGGUGGCGCCUGCGUGGAUCCACUACCAUCGCAAGCAGCUCACCUACAAGUGUAAAUAGAUAGGCAAAGUUGUUUUCUUGUACCGAUCCAUUCCUGUUAUUUAUUUGGAACAUUUAAUGCCGAUUGAACAUAAGGGCGACACUGUCAUGCAGGGGUGUCCAAAUGUUUUCCACAGAGGGCCGCAUAUAGAAAAAUAGGAUGCGGAUCCAAUGUAGGCCAAUAUAUGCUAAGCCAUCUCAUGUUAGCUUUGCAUAGUAGGCGACAAAGCAUUUGAGUGUACUAUCUAAUACUAUACUGUAUCUCAAUAAUGAAUUCAUGAUUUUUUGAAAUAUGUAGAGGGCAAAUAUAAAAACAAGCUGAAGGCUGAAAAGGGCCCCCAGUCUGCACUUUGGACACCCCUGCUGUCAACAAUAUGAGCAAUAUUAAUAUUUUGUACAGUACAUAUGAGGACUGGCCGCACGGUGGCUGAGUGGGUUAGCAUGUUGGCCACACAGUCAGGAGAUAGAGUUUGAACCUCUGUGUGGAGUUUGCGUGUCUCCCCGUGUUUGCGUGGGUUUUCUCCGGGUACUGCGGUUUUCCCCCCACAUUCCAAAAACAUGCAUGUUAGGUUAAUUGGAGACUCUAAAUUGUCCAUAGGUAUGAAUGUGAGUGGGAAUGCUUGUUUGUCUAUAUGUGCCCUGCCAUUGGCUGGCCACCAGUCCAGGGUUUACCCCGCCUCUCGCCUGAAGUCGCCAGCAUACCCCCACUACCCCAGUGAGGAUAAGCGGCAUAGAAAAUGGAUGGAUGGACGAACGAACAUAUGAUGACUGAUAAUUUUUUACUGGAAUAAAACAUGACUUUGA